AUGUCACUGCACAACGACUCCGAAGGCUCUGAUGAGGGCGAGUGGCUCGACAUGGAGCCCGAGGAGGAAGAGACUGUGGCCAUCACCUCUUUCUUUGAUGCGCAGACUUUUCCCACUGUUGUGGCCAUGCUUGACCACUGCAAAAAGGACCACGCAUUCGACUUCGCCGCUUGCUUGAAGCGCCUGAGCCUCGAUUUCCACGGCGCCGUCAAGUUGGUCAACUACGUGCGCGAUCACGUCAAGCAGGGCUUGUCGCUGCCUGCAGAAAUCUCCCUGGGCGACUUUGAAGAUGAGCGAUACCUCCGGCCAGUGCUGGAGAAUGAUGCCCUCAUCUUUUCUCUCGAUGAGAUUCUUGAGACUAUUCAAGGCAGCGGGGCUGAUAUGGAGACCAAGGACGCCUCCGUCGAUAGUCUGUCGGCGCGGAACCGGGAACUCGAGGAAGAGCUCGAGAAAGUCCGCGGCCAGUUCGCCAACUAUCGUCUGGCUGUCGAGCAGACUCUUGACCGUCGGUGGGGUGAUGAAGCCGACGCAGUUCCUGCUCAGAAGAAGGAUGACUCUGCGUAUUACUUCGAGUCCUACGCCGCUCAUGAGAUUCAUGAGACCAUGCUCAAGGAUGUGGUACGGACGGACGCGUACCGUGAUUUCAUCUACGGAAACAAGCACAUCUUCAAGGACAAGGUUGUUCUGGACAUUGGAUGCGGUACUGGUAUCCUGAGCAUGUUCUGUGCCAAGGCCGGCGCAAAGCAGGUCAUUGCCGUUGACAAGUCAGACAUCAUCACAAAGGCCAGGGAGAAUGUCUUCAACAAUGGCUUGUCCAACGUCAUCACGCUGCUCCGAGGCGCUAUCGAAGACGUUCAGCUGCCGGUGGAUAAAGUUGAUAUUAUUGUCAGUGAGUGGAUGGGCUAUUGUCUGCUCUAUGAGGCUAUGCUUCCUAGCGUCCUCUAUGCCCGAGACAAGUAUCUCAAACCCGAUGGACUGCUGGCACCCAGCUCCGCCACUAUCUGGAUCGCUCCGGUGGCAGACUCGGAAUACGUCUCUGACCACAUCUCCUAUUGGAGAGACGUCUAUGGAUUCGACAUGAAGUCCAUGCAAGAGGGAAUUUACAAUGAGGCCAGGGUCGAGGCCAUGCCCGAGAGCUCCGUCUGCGGUGAAGCAUUUCCAUUCAAAGUACUGGAUCUUCAUACGAUUAAAACCUCAGACCUUCAAUUUACGGCUAAGUGGUCGUCGAAGCUGACUCGUAAGGUUGACAGUGUUGAUGGCUUCCUGAUCUGGUUCGACAAUUUCUUCGCAACAUCGCGGAGUGAGCCCGUCCCUGCUCCCGAGACAACGCCAACCACAUGGGACAAGACAGCUCAAGGCGGCGUGGCUUUCACCACUGGCCCAUACGGCACCGUGACGCACUGGAAGCAAGGACUGCUUAUUGCACCACAGGAGGAGUCUCCGGCAGGUACAACGUCACCGGCCAGCCUUUCUGGAGAAAUCACAUUCGAGGCCCCCGAAGACAACGCCAGGGCAUUGACGUUGAAGACCUCCUGGACGGACCCCGAAGGUCACACAAGGACCGAAUCCUGGCAAUUGAAGUAG